GUCAGUACGUCCUUCAGAGGGAUGGGAACUAGCUGCUACCGUGUUCAGGGCUCUGCCCGCCCGGGAGAUGCUGCGGGAUAAGAUGCAGCACUGAGAACAGAGCAGGAAUUGCUUGUGAUUACAGUUUCCCUAGAUGUAUGCAAUGGCUUCAAGCCACAGUUCUUCACUAGUGCCUCACUUGAAUAGCAGUAAUCCUUUGUUCAAAAAGGGACUGGAUCCUCCGCAGCAAGUAGGAUUGGUUAGAUCACUGCCUGAUGUCUGUCCAAAGGAGCCUACAGGUGAUUCUAUAAAUUUAUGUGAUGAACCAUCUAUAGUUGCAGAUCAGCACAAAUGGACAAUUUUUCAUUCCAAAGUAAAUCUUCCAGCAGCAUUAAAUGACCCUCGGCUUGCAAAAAGGGAGUCGGACUUCUUCACAAAGACAUGGGGUCAGGAUUUUGUAGAGACUGAAGUCUUGCCCUCACCCUGCCUCCAACCAAUCACCAAGGAACACUUUUCAUCAUACAGACAGCAAACCAUCCAGAGAGAGAAAAAUCAUGAAACAUGGAAGAAGAUAUGUCCCCCAAGAGAAGAAUUUGACAGACCAGCAUUUUCACUUCCUCAUGUAGAUAAAUCCAGGGCAGAUCUGGAACAAGUACCUAAGAUUUUUCUUAAACCAGACUUUGCCUUGGAGGAUACCUUAACGUUUAAUGCCGUUUUACCGUGGUCUCAUUUUAGCACUGCUGGAGGGAAAGGAAGCAGAGAUUUAGCCUCCUCCAAACUUCUUCAAGAAAAGCUCAGUCACUACUUGGAUAUUGUUGAGGUUAACAUUGCUCACCAAAUCUCUCAGCGUUCUGACGCAUUUUUCCACGCUAUGACCUCUCAGCAUGAGCUGCAAGACUACCUCAGGAAAACUUCCCAUGCCGUAAAAAUGCUGCGCGACAAGAUCUCUCAAAUCGAUAGAGUAAUAUGCGAGGGACCUCUACGAAUAUUGCGGCAGGCCCUAACCAGAAAUAACUGUAUUAAAGUGUACAACAAACUGAAAUUAAUGGCUACAGUGCACCAGACUCAGCCAACUGUGCAACUGUUGUUGUCAACGUCUGAGUAUGUUGGGGCAUUGGACUUAAUAGCUACUACACAAGAGGUAUUACAGCAGGAACUUCAGGGCGUUCACAGUUUUCGGCACCUUGGAUCACAACUAUGUGAACUGGAAAAACUAAUUGAUAAAAUGAUCAUUGCUGAAUUUACUUCAUACGUUCGCAGUGACUUAAACAGACCAUUGGAAGAUGACCUUCAUGUUUUAGAAGAGGAAAGGUUGGUAUCACUGGUGUUUGGGUUGUUAAAGCAGCGGAAGUUGAAUUUCUUUGAAAUUUAUUCAGAUGAAAUGAUGGCAACUGCAAAAAACAUCAUCAAGCAGUGUGUGGUUUGCACAGUUUCACAGAUUGAUGACAUUGAUUCUGACAUUGUUACUAAACUUGCUGAUCAGAUGCGGAUGAUGAAUUUUUCUCAUUGGUUUGAUUUGUUGCAGAAUAUUUUUUCUAAGUUUACCAUUUUUAUUAGAAGAGUUAAGGCAACAUUAAAUGUCAUUCGUAGCGUUGUGCUAAUGGUCUUAGACAAGAACCAACGGAUUAGAGAAACAGAGGUAACAGCGGCUCAGAAGAAUAUUGGGAGAGACAGCUAUGUGGACAGUGAACUGGCUUACUUGACUCAUGAAGGCUUGUUUAUAAGUGAUGCAUUCAGUGAAGGGGAGAUUCCCCAUCCUGCAACCAGCACUAACUUUCAAAGGAAUGCAUCACCCAGCAGCAGUGAACCUUCUUGCAGCGAUUCUGUUUCUGAUCCUGAAUGCACUACAGACUCUUCUUCCAGCAAAGAACACACAUUGCCGUCAGUUACACCAGGGGGAAUAGAAAUAAUGAUGAAUGAAUAUAUGAAAUUAACAGACUUGGAACUUGGUAAAAUUGCAAACAGUAUACAGGAGUUAUUAUAUAGUGCCUCAGACAUCUGUCACGACCGUUGUGUCAAGUUCCUGCUUUCCAGAGCCAAGGACGGGUUCCUUGAAAAGCUAAAUUCCUCAGAAUUUGUGGUUCUCUCACGUUCAGUAGAAGGGUUUGUGAUGGAAACUGAGAAGAUCUGUGGAAGGAAAAGCACAUCACUGCGAGGAGCUCUUCAAAGUCAAGCAAAUAAAUUUGUAAACCGGUUCCAUGAAGAAAGGAAAACUAAACUGAGCCUUCUGCUUGAUAAUGAGCGAUGGAAACAAGCAGAUGUUCCUGCUGAAUUUCAAGAUUUGGUUGAUUCUAUAACAGAUGGCAAAAUUGUUUUACCUGAUAGAAAAUCUGGUUGUAUAGAAGAAAGGAAACCACAAGACUUCUUAACUGUCGACGGUCAGAAAUAUGCAGUAGUCGGCACUGUCCUGAUUUUAAUCAGAAUAAUACUGGAAUACUGCAGUUGUGUAGAUGACAUCCCCUCUAUAACUACUGAUAUGCUGACUCGCCUCUCUGAGCUUCUUAAGUACUUUAAUUCUCGGAGUUGCCAGUUAGUGCUGGGAGCAGGAGCAUUGCAAGUUGUCGGAUUGAAGACCAUUACCACCAAAAACCUUGCUCUCUCUUCCCGGUGUUUGCAACUUAUAGUACACUACAUUCCUAUCAUUAGGGCUCAUUUUGAGGCUCGUAUGCACCCUAAGCAAUACAGCAUGCUUCGACAUUUUGACCACAUCACUAAGGAUUACAAUGACCAUAUAGCUGAGAUUUCUGCAAAACUGGUUUCAAUAAUGGAUGGUUUAUUUGAUAAACUUCUGUCAAAGUAUGAAGUUAAAGCUCCGGUUCCAUCAAUGUGCUUUAGAAAUAUUUGUAAACAAACGACUAAAAUGCAUGAAGCAAUUUAUGAUCUUCUUCCUGAAGAACAAACGCAAACAUUAUUCCUUAGAAUAAAUACAAGCUACAGGCUUCAUCUGAAGAGUCAACUGAGCCAUCUGAAUGUUAUAAAUGAUGGUGGACCUCAACAUGGACUUGUGGCAGCGGACAUUGCCUUUUACACAGGAAAUGUCAAAGCAUUGAAAGGUCUUAAAGAUCUAGAUCUAAACUUGAGUGAAAUCUGGGAACAGAAGAGGUGAUGCCUAACCAAAUAGAGAAAUGUUUUAACUCAGUGACUUUAAUCAGUGGACUGGACGUCUUGCUUUCAAGACACUAAAAUGAAAUCCAAAGUCAAAGGCUGGAAAGCUAUCUUUACCAAGAAACUGGAUCCAGUCUGACUGUCAGGGAUUGCCCUUUACAGAGAGUCCUUCAGCAGCGAACAAAUGUUCUGCUGACUAGAACUUUCUCAUUUUCUUUGGAAACAGGCUCAGGUUUCUUUGGACCAAAUCCAAACAAGUGCAUGGCUGUAACACAGCUUCUCUUCAUGAAGAUCCUCUGUAAAUGUUUGUAUGACAGGGAAAAAAAAUUGCUCUGCAAAUAUUUUAAAUCUCUUAUAGUGCAAUGACAUUUCGGUUUCCUAUAGUAAUGAUGGCACAAACUGCAUACACUGUAAAUCAAAACUUAUAAUCUAAUAUAAAUGAGAGUGCUGUCAUGAAAAAAUAUAUUUUUACAUAUAUAUCUCUUAUUUGCAGAAACUAUAGGUAAAUGGUAAUAGUCUUAAAAAUGGAAGACGAAGGACAAUAAGGGAAGUUCUCUAUUUAACCAGUUCCGUUAUCUCUUCCUUCAUUGGUCAGGAAUCUUCCUCUCUUUCCUGGAUUUUAACUGUAUACAAGCUUUGAUCUGCAAGACUCAUCUUUUUGAUGUUGCGGAAUAAGCUCAGAUUGAGCUAUCCCUGUAGCUAUUGGUGCUUUUUGUUUGGAUAGUUUGGGGGUGAUGCUAUAAACUGCUGAAAUUUUGAAUCAGUAUUUUUGUAUAAUAUUUUUUUUUUUUUUAAAUUAAGGUAUUUUUGCCUUUACUGUUAUUGGUGAAGCAAAAGUAUUUAUUUGCAGUAUCUGCUAUCAAUAUGGAUAUUUUCUGAUUGCGUUUUAAGUAAAUUUCACUAAAUAAUAAUUUUAGUCAGUGGUAUUUUUUGCAGUUUGAAAUCUUUCCAAUUUCUGGCUUUGUAAAAUAAAAUUGUAAAGUGCCUGUCUGACAGUAUAAGUGGAAGGAAAUAAGCAUUAAUAUUGUAUUUUUAUCAUUCCCUUUACUGCCAUAAAGGCAUUCAGCAUCAAUUUUAUGGUGACUCCUCCGGCUACAAAGGGGUGUAAAAGUGAAGAUUAAACACUCCACUAUUAAGUGCCUGUUUGUAUUUUGAUUGACAUGCUCAAAGUCAUAAUGUUCCACUCCAAGUGAGUACCUACCCUUGUAAUUAUGUAGAUUUUGUUUCUGAUUUUUGCUGCUAUGGUUUCUUAAGAAAAGCUUGUUUAUUUAUCAUACCAUCAACUCAUCUAGCCCCUGCUUCCCCUACUUUUACCUAUAAUAAAAUUGUCUAAACAGACAGAAAAAAAGCCUAAA